AUGUUCGGAACCAUUCCCUUGUACUUCGUCAUCAUAAUCCUAGUCGCAGUGGCAGUGGCUUGUGUCUUGAUCGGUUUUGGAUCCUGUUGGUUGUGUAAACAGUGUUAUCUGUGCUACGAAAGGAAGAAAGAAGCCCGACAACGACGACGACGUAGAGAACGACGCCGCCCAAGACACUAUGAUUACGACGACGACGACGAGGAAUUUGACGACGACAUUUACUAUCCCCAACAAAACAUUACUGGUAACCAACGAAAACAUAAAUCUGGGAACCAUCGAAAUGCUGUAGGAAGGACUAGUCCUAUUGGUGAUGGUGGAGAAGAUUUCCCUUCGCGUAACAACGAUAAACAUCACAUAGAAGAUGAACGCAUACCGACUAGAAGUAAAACUCGUCAAGCUGGCAAUGAUAAAAACGUAUUAAAUGCUGAUAGACCUACACAUGUGAGGCAGCAUUCUCCCGAACACAAAGAAAACGACGAGAAAAAAGGAUGUGCGUUGUUUUGCGCCUACUGCUGUUGUUGCUGUGACUCGCUGGAUGAUGAAUAUUACUACGAUUCCGACGACGAAGAGUACGGUGAAAAUUCAGACGAAAGGGGUACAUCAGCAAAAAGCAUCCGCGUUGUGGCAGCUGCAAAUCAUAACCUGUCUAAUUCUGAUCAAAGUAUAUCCAGUGUCACAAACAGACAUACAUUAGACGAUAACCGAAAACCACAAGUUCAAAGUUUAAAAACGACAAAAGGAAAAGAACUGAAGGAAAAUGAAACAAAGGCAAAGAAGAAAGUAGAAAAAGCAAAGAAGAAAGAAAAGGAAAAGACGAGAGAAGAAAAGUCAAAUGCUGGAACCCCGUGUUGUGCCGGCUGUUGUAUUCCAUCAGGCAGCUCAUAUGAAGAAGAUUCAGACAGCGAGGAAAACGAAAUUGAUGAUGUUGAUGAUGACUAUAAAGGCAAUCGAAGGUCUCCAAAUAAAAUGGACAGCAAAAACAGCAUACUUGCAAUAUCUGCUGUUAAACAAAAGGGAGAAAAACCCGCUAAAGGCCGUCCUAAGAGUAACAGGAUCAUAGGUAAAAAUCAACAAAACAAUAAGGAAAAAUCAACGGUUAGUGACACUGGCAACCGUCCAGUCGUAUGUUGUUGUUUCGGUUAUGAAAGCGACGAUGAGUUUUAUUAUGAUUCUGACGAUGAAUAUAGUGAGGACGAAUGCGAUGACUCUGAUUCGCUCGAAACCCCAAGUAAUACAGGGGCAUCAACAAUUGUAGGUUGUAAGACUACCGACAAACCAGGGAAUACGCCUAAAGCAAGAACUGGGGUUUCGAAGCGUCCUCAGCCAGGGAAAAAGAACACGUCAAGGAAAUCGAGAGACGGUAAAAGAUGCAAAAGUUGCUUUUUGUGCAAGAUCAAAUGUGUUGGCUGUCAAGCCUGUUGUAAAAAGAAACAACAGAAGGAAGACAGUUAUGAUGAUUCUGACGAGUACGAUUCUGAUGAUGAUUCUGACGAGGAAGGUGAUGACUGUGCUAGUGAUGGAUAUCAACAAAAUGCGUCAAAAGCCAGUGUCCCAAAACAGAAAUCAAUCAGUAGUAUCUCAUGUGCGUGUGGCGGCGGUAGCGCGUCAGAUGAGUAUGACGAUUCUGAUGACUACUACACUGACGACGACGAGCACCAUGAUGAAGGUGAUAUAACCACAGGUGGCAUUUCCGUUAUUGCAACAGAGACAGCUACAGGGUCAACGACAAAGGCGAGAGCAUCUCACUCUAAAUCAAAACGUUCUAAAACCAAUACAAAAUCUGAUAAGAAGUCAAAUAAGCAACAGAAAAUAGAAUCAGCACACAAACAAAAUGAGAACAUUAAAGUAACUGAAAAACAAACAACAAUGCCUUCGGUACUGGUCGUGGCUCCAAUUCACAAAACAUCGGAACAAACGAAACAAGGUCGUAAAGACAUACAAACGAAAAACAAACCCGAAUCAUCAGACGAUCGGAUAACCAAUGACACCAAAAGUGAUAAUAGCAUCAGCAAAGAACAAACAAACCAUAAUCAAGCGUCGCCAGCAAAUAAAAGCGUAACAGAGAAAAACCCUAUGAUAAAAAGUGCAGCAGUCAACUCAUUUAUGGAAGAAAAAUACGGUUCACCAAAACGCAAGGUUUUCUUUGCCGAAGAUUUUAAGCAAGGCUCUGGUGAAAAAAACGUAGAAUUAUCAGACCAAGAAAUUGAUGGCUCGAACAAAAAUGCAAAAUCUCCAGAACCUGUACUUUUGACACAAAAGACUGCGGAGAAAAGGAGUGCAGCUAUUUCAGCCUUGUUUGCAUCUAGCAAUAACAGAACAGAUACAAACAUGAAUGAAAUUAAAGAUAGCGCUUCAAAAGGAAAUAUACAUAACAAAGAUCAACAUCAAAAUGAUAAAAACGUGCGUUAUAAUGAUGCAGUCAACGAGGUCCCUUCAGCAACGGAGAAAACUAGAGAAGAAAGGGAAGCUGAACAAAAGGAAAACAAGAAAGAAAAGAAUCUUGCAGUGAUGGCUUUAUUGUCGGGAAGCAUGUUCAAAAAGAAAAGCAACCCAAGCUCGAAGUCGAAUCAGACAAGUAAUAGUGUUGGCCAGCCUGUGAACGAACAAAAUUCAAAGAAUACAGCACCAAAACGCCAGGUAAGUGGAAUGGAUAGUAUCGCCAAAGUCGCCGCAUCCUCAAAUGCGUUAUCAGACAUUCAUAGAAAUAACAAUACACGUGGCGUUGACAACCAACCAUAUCGCGAGAUUCGACCUCAGAAUGCCAACCAAGAUAUUCCAAAUUCAGUUCAUCAAGACAAGAGAGAAAAUACAAAUCAAAACAGUACAGCAGCGGUGAAUGGAAAACCACCUCCGGCAGCAGGAAUAACGGCAAGGGGUCGUAAAGACUGGAAAGCAGCUGCCGCACUUGCUGUAGCUAGAGAACAUACCAUCCCCAACAUGAAGACAGAUUGGGAUGUAAUGGGAGGUAACUCCAACAAAAAGUUAGGUAACGACAAUCAUAAAACGUCUACAUUUGCUGCAAGUGUCUCAGCCGUAAUGGCGGGACAACACUUUUUGAAGGCAAGAACAGCCCGUAAAAAUGAACCUUCUUGGGAUCUGUUUAAAGGCAAACCGAAAGAUAUGCAAUCAGAGGAUAUUGUUCCAGCAACAGGAAUGCGUAAGAGCAAGAGCAUGGGUACACUAUUUGAACAGGACAACGACUUGUUUUCUGUUGAAUUACCAACAAAGCGACGAAAAAAACGUUCAGAGGAUUUCGAUUGGGACUCAUUCUCUUCAGGUGCAAGUGAAAGAGGAUCCAGUCAUCCUCCGCGUUUUAACCAGCCCAGUAUAUUGAUGGAUGAUAGCCACCGUCACAAACACGAUGUUGCAAGGAGCUUCCUUCCGACGUACAUCGCUCACUAAUAUACGUCGUUAAAGUUUUGUUGUCUAGUCCUUUGUCGACAAAGAGGAUGUAAUGUAGAUAUUACUAAAUCAAUCAAUGGCGUAAAGGACAUGAAAUUUGUCCCCAAAGUUGGAGAACUCAAUUUUCGGAACUAA